AUGAUUGUUGACGAUACAAUCGACCAGCUUGGAACUGUGAUGGGUGACGAUAACCCAGUUGAUGACGAUGACAGUGGAAACGAAACGGAGGACGAAGUCGAAGGGUUUCCACCGGGUACUUUUCAGGUGGAGGAAUCCGAUGACGAGGAGGCUGAGCUGAAUUGGAUGGACUUCGUUGGUGUGGCAGCUGGUCAGAUAAGUUCGGAGCCGGAGGAUCUCAAUGAAUCCGCUGAUUCACCUCUCUUUCGACGUGAGGAGGAAACAAUCGCAAACGUGAGACCAGAAACCUCGGCCUGGUACCCAUUUGUAAAUAGGGAGUACCUUAUUGGUUCCCUUUUAGUUGGGUACUUACACAAACUUAUAUCGCGGGACAUGUACCAUAUAAUCCGUAGCGUCUUGACACUGCACCACCUUUUCCUGCCGCGCUGGGAAGCCUUGCGAACGAUGCGAAGAAAGAUCCGUGAAAUGACCAAUCGAACUAUCAUUGAAGAAGAAACCGUCUUUGGUCAGCCGGUGUUUGGACUAAAUGCAAAAGAAUUAAUCAGAGAUGACCUGAUGAAUCCCUUGGUCGUACCCCACAUGGAUUUUCUUCCGGAAGAGACACUUGGGAAAAAUGUCUACAAGAGUUCACAGUCUGCGAAAUGGCUGAAACAUAUGUUGCCAGAUCUUCGAGUUCAGAUGGUGGAAUCAAACCAAAAACACUUUUACAUCUAUGAACCCACCAAACUUCUCUCUUCUGAAACCGUCAUUCCUAUCUUUUUUUACACCCAACAGACCAAGAUCUUUGCAAAAUGCUUCAGUCCAGUUUUCAAAUCCAACCAAGAUCAAUCUAAGAUCCAAAUUGGAAUUUCUGAAAACAUUGAUUUUGAUGAUGAGAAUCUCAAAAUCAUCCCUAUUGAACAACUAGACUUGACCUAUCUGGAAAUUAAGACACGUAAUGGAUCAAUGCUAUCAGAAUGUUGUUCUGGAAAGCUAAAUGAAAUUGAUGAACAGAGUCAAUGGAACCCAAAAAUCACUUUACCAAAUCCCUGGAGAGAAAAGGCGGACGGAAAGAUCUUGAGAAAUGUUCCAAUCAAUUUAUACUGUGAUGAUACAUCUGGAAAUAAAUCAAAAAAAUGGAACAAACACAUCUCCUAUUAUUUUACACUCUCCGGCUUGCCUCCUCAGAUUUCCAAUCAACAAUUCAAUUGUCAUUUCCUUUGCACUUCAAACAUCGUGGGGCCUUUAGAACUUGGAGAGAUGGUUGUUAAACAGUUAAAUGACAUGGGCAUCAAUGGUUUUACAGCUUACGAUAGCACAAUUGGCCAAGAAGUUCAUGUCAUGACUAGCCUUUUAUGUUUUUUAGCUGAUUCCCCUAUGCACGCUGAAAUCACCAACACGCCAGUACCUGGAAACUCUCUAAAUUCUUGUCGAUAUUGUGUCUUAAGUUCUUCCAGCUUGAAAGAAAGAGAGAAAAUCCCUUACAUUUCAAAAUUUGCACAGAAAAACUUGCAUGGAUCAAAUUGCCCAAAUAAACUCAGAACCAUGGCAGAAACUAAGGAAAAAUCUAAAAAGCUAUGGACGCAUGUCAAGGAAACAGUUUUGACAUGGUUGAGGACACUCCAGUUGAAAUCUUGCAUGUUUUUUUUGCUUGGUGCAGUAAAGUAUCUAUUCAGAGAUUUCAUGAAAGGAUUGAACGAACUUCAAAAAGACGACCUCUUGGCUUUAUGGAAUUCUUUCAACACAAAUUCUCUCAACAUUCCUUCUGUUAGACCCAAAAGCAUGGUACAAUAUGCAUCAAGUUUGAUUGGUAAAGACUUCCGAAUCAUUCUUCAAGCAGCCCCUUUCAUCUUCUUCCAGUUCAUGACUGAAUCCAAGAUCAAAAUCUGGUCUUCUCUCUGUCAUUUGGGCUCCUUGAUCUUCCAAACUCAUAUUGAAGAUAUGACAGAAUAUAUUUCUGAGUUGAGGAAUGCUAUUGAUAUAUUCUUAAGAAAUAUAAUUGAAGACUCUGCCCAAUGGAUCAAUAAAGCCAAAUUCCAUAUGUUACUUCAUCUUCCUGAAUCUAUCCUCCGUUUUGGUCCAGCUUGUCUUUUUGCCACUGAAAAGUUUGAAAGCUAUAAUGGUAUCCUUAGAAAUGCUUCAAUUCACUCCAACCGUCAAAGUCCUGGUCAAGAUAUAGCUAUCACAUUCAUCACAAAUAUCUUUUCACAAAAUCCCUUAAUACAGCAGACUUUGGGCUAUAAUCAAUCAGCAUCCCUUCCAAAUAAAAGUUAUCCUUGUAUCAAGAAGCUCUCGGUACCAGCAAUUCAUCAAGUAGAAACUCCUCAAGAAUUGAAGAGUCUAUAUCCUGACUUUGAAAUCAAGCAAAUCUCUGAACUGAACCUCAACAAGAAGCAAGUCCUCAAAAAAGACUACUUCAUUCUGGUAUUUCCUGAAGCCUUGUCAUCCUCUGUUUCCUUGGCUAAAUUCCAUCAUUUCUGA